AUGGCCUCCUCUCAAGAAGGUUUAUUGACAGUUCGUCCUGACGAGUAUAGAUGUAUUUUCGACAAAGACCCAGGUCUGACGAGCUAUAGGGGUGGUGGCCUCCUCUCAAGAAGGUUUAUUGACAGU